GAGAACUUUAGCAAUUAGGUACGCGUAGGGCGGCAGCAUAAGACAAGGAGGAAGCUAAUUAUUUAUUAUUCUAUUUUCUCAUAUUGGAGAAAACUGACGUCUCCUUUCCACGGUUCUCAGAGCGUGUCAGGCAGGCCGGGCUAAUGGAGCGGUGCGCCUGCGUAGAGAGGGAGGUGGACAAAGUGCUGCAGAAGUUCCUGUGCUACGGCCAGCAUUGUGAACGAGGCCUGGAAGAGCUGCUGCGCUACGUCAGCCAGCUAAGGGAGGAGCUGGGCGCUGCAGCCUUGCAGCGAGGACCUCUUUCUGCUACACUCUCCCUUGUUAUGUCCCAGUGCUGUAAGAAAAUUAAGGAUACUGUUCAAAACUUAGCUUCAGAUCACAAAGAUAUUCACAGCAGUAUCUCCCGCGUGGGCAAAGCAAUAGAUAGAAAUUUUGAUGCUGAUUUGUGUGGCAUUGUCCCUGCUCUGGUCUGGGAAACCCAAGAGAAACAGAUCCUGGUAUUGGCAAUUAUAGAACAUCUCUAUCAACAAGGAAUGCUGGGAGUGGCUGAAGAACUGUGUCAGGAAUCAACUGUGAAUGUGGAUGUAGACUUCAAAAAACCAUUCCUGGAACUGAACAGCAUUCUGGAAGCUCUGCACAAACAAGACCUGGGACCUGCUCUGAGCUGGGCAGUCUUCCACAGGCAGCAGCUGGCCGAUCUGAACAGUACUCUGGAAUUUCAGCUGCAUCGGCUCCAUUUCAUCAGACUUCUUUCUGGCGGCCCCGGCAAGGAGUUGGAGGCCUUGAGCUAUGCACGUCACUUUCAACCCUUUGCCCACCUACACAAGCAAGAGAUCCAAGUGAUGAUGGGAAGUCUGGUAUACCUACGCUUAGGCCUUCAGAAUUCUCCAUAUAGGCAUCUACUGGAUGAAAGUCAUUGGACAGAGAUUUGUGAGACUUUCACUCGUGAUGCAUGUUCCUUGCUUGGUCUCUCAGUGGAGUCACCUCUUAGUGUCAGUUUUGCCGCAGGGUGUGUAGCAUUGCCAGUUCUGAUGAACAUCAAGGCUGUGAUUGAGCAGAGACAAUGCACAGGUGUCUGGAGCCACAAGGAUGAGCUGCCUAUUGAAGUUGAGCUAGGAAUGAAAUGCUGGUAUCAUUCAGUCUUUGCAUGUCCCAUCCUGCGCCAACAGACCACAGAUUCCAAUCCACCUAUCAAGUUGAUUUGUGGACAUGUUAUUUCUAGAGAUGCUCUCAACAAGCUUAUCAAUGGAGGGAAACUGAAGUGUCCAUAUUGCCCCAUGGAACAAAACCCAGCCGAUGGAAAACGCCUCAUCUUUUGAUAAUGGCAAGACUUGUUAUGAAAUAGGCUCUUCAAAUACAGCAGUUGUGUGCAAGCAGAACUCUCUGUCCUGCUUAAUAUAACAGCUGCUAUACAAUGGAAGCUGAUUGGUUUAGUGGACCAGACAAAAACUUCAAAGGUUGAGGCAAUGCAAUAUCCUGUACGUAUACUCCAUAUCUGCCUGUUUUUGGCUUCAUCCUGGCAGCUUGAACAGGCACUACUCCUGUUGUAGAGUUUAUCCUGUCCCUGGUCACAAUUCUGUUUCUUGUUGGAUACCACAAGCGCUGUAUGUGGAGCUGCUACCCUCUAUUCCCCACUUUUAAUGCUUACAGAUUACCAAAUUCUUGAAAACAGAAAUGUGUUUCUGAGGUAAGAAAAGCAUGUGGAGAAUCCAGCUUACUCCUGUUUUGAAGAAAAAUUUCAAGUAAAUUAAAAUGCAAAUGAGGACAA